AUGCAAACAAACAGGGCUCUGGCCAUCAGCGUGAACGCAGAAAGUUGCAUCCCAGCCGGACUGCGUCUGGGUCCUGUGCCGGGCAUCUUCAAACUGGGCAAGUACCUGUCAGAUCGCAGGGAGCCAGGACCUAAAAAAAAGGUACGGAUGGUGAGAGGGGAAUUAGUAGAUGAAGCCGGGGGCUCAGCUCUGGAGUGGAUAGGGUUAAUCCGGGCUGCCAGAAGCACGCAAGAACAGACACUGGAAGCUAUUGCAGAUCUACCAGGAGGACAGAUUUUCUACAGAGCGCUUAGAGAUGUCCAGCCAGGGGAAGAGCUGACCGUGUGGUAUUCAAACUCUUUGGCUCAGUGGUUUGACAUCCCAAUCACUGCUACUCCGACACACGAUGAGAAAGGGGAGGAGCGCUACAUCUGCUGGUACUGCUGGAGGACGUUCAAAUACCCCAACAGCCUCAAAGCCCACGUCCACUUCCACUGCGUCUUGAACAACGGCCGUGGCUUCCUGCACCACCCCGACCAUGCCCGCGCCUCGGAGCUCUUCAGCCUCUCCCCGAAGGCGGCGGCGGGCGAACUCCCCGGCGCGUCGGCUCCCCUGAGGCCCCACAGCCUGCAGCAGGCGGCCCGGGAGAGCAUCAAGCGGGAAUCCGCCGCCUCGCCGCCCUUGAGGCCGCUCCGCAGGCCCGCGGGGAAGGAGGAGCGAGCCCUGGACAUGAGCGUGGGCUCGGGGCGGAGCCACGGGCCCUUCCUCGGCCUGGUGGGGAGCUCGGCGGGGAGCAACGGCCUGAGCUUCUACCCGGGGGGCAGGUCGGCGUUCAGGCCCGCCGGCCUCUCCAAAGCAGACGAGGGCAAGGCCGGCGGGCUGGGCUUCUGCAAGGCCCUGGGGAGCAGCAGGGCCGGGCGGGGCGGGCCCGAGGCGCUGGCCCCCCACCCCAAGUGCGGCGGGCACCCGGCCGAGGGCUCCUCCCCGGUGCUGGCCUGCGCUGGCGGCCUGCGCGCCUUCCCCUUGCUCUCGCACUUCGAGGAGACGUCGGCCUUCAAGCACGUGGAGCGGGGGCUGCCCCACGCCGGCCUGCCGCCCAGCCGCUACGCGCCGCUGCCCGCCGGGGCCGGGCUGCACCUGGAGCGCUUCUCGCUGCCGGCCCUGGAGGGGCUGAAGGCCUACCCCGGGGAGUGCAACCUGCCGCUCGUGCCCUUCACCCUCUACAACGGCGAGCUGCUCUACAGCGCCCCCUGCUACCCGCUCAAGCUGCACCUCGGCAACCUCCUCAAGUACCCGGACUCCGUGGCCUACUUCAGCGGGCCGGCGGCGGGGCUCCACCCGGCCGAGCUGGCCGGCAUAGACCGCGAUAUCGCCAUGCACACCCAGCAGCUCUCCGAGAUCGCGGCCGAGAAGAGCCGCGGCCGCCUCGAGAGCCUGCAGCCCGCCGCCGCCGGCCCAGCCGGAGGCAAGCCCAAGACUGGCCACCUCUGCCUCUACUGCGGCAAGCUCUACUCGCGCAAGUACGGCCUCAAGAUCCACAUGCGGACUCACACCGGCUACAAGCCGCUCAAGUGCAAGGUCUGCCUGCGGCCCUUCGGCGACCCCAGCAACCUCAACAAGCACAUCCGCCUGCACGCCGAGGGCAACACCCCCUACCGCUGCGAGUUCUGCGGCAAGGUGCUGGUCAGGCGCAGGGACCUGGAGCGCCACGUCAAAUCCAGGCACCCCGGGCAAAGCUUCCACAAGGCGGCCGAGGACAAAAGCGAGCCCGGCUACCAGCCCCAGGAGCCGGAACAAAAGACUGACAACGAGAGCGAAGUGGACGUUUGCUUCACGGAUGACCCGAGCGACCAGGAAACCAGCUGCAAGAGCAAUGAUCAGUAA